AUCAAAAACAUCACAUGGUAUGGGGAGGCUUUUUAGCUUUUUCAUGGUAGUUUUGGUUUCUGUCGUGGCCGCUGCUCUUGCUCAGAGCGCUUCCAAUGUCUUGGCAACGUACAAUGACUACAACCCCGAGCAGAUUGGGUGGGACUUGAACGCGGCCCCCGCUUACUGCGCGACCUGGGACGCGAAUAAGCCCCUGGCAUGGCGCAAGGAGUACGGUUGGACUGCCUUCUGUGGCCCGAUCGGGCCUCGCGGACAGGCAUCUUGCGGCCAGUGCUUAAGGGUUACCAACACGAGGACCGGAUCUCAGGAAACAGUGAGGAUCGUCGACCAGUGCAGAAACGGAGGGUUGGAUUUGGACACCGGUGUGUUCCGCAGGUUGGACACUGAUGGAAAUGGCAACGCUCAAGGCCAUCUUAUAGUGAACUAUCAGUUUGUCACUUGAUAAAAGCACAUGCAAAAUGCAACCAUUUCAAGAGUUCUCCAUAAUAUGUGUACCGCAAGAAGAUCAUAUUAAUAAAGAACAAUAACAGUAAGUGCUUUCAAUCAGCAAAACCUGUGGCCAAUCUCUUCCC